AUGAAUUACCCUAAUGGAGCUCAUGUGAGAGCUGAGAGAGAUCAGAGAUCUCGGGAGCCAGAAUAGGAGUGAGAAAGAGUGCAAGAGAAAGUGGGAUUUGUAAACGCUGGGCUUUUGAGCUUCUGAAAUGGAAAAGGUCCAACGAAGCCCUGAAAACGAGCCGGCCCCAUCCAAACAGCGACUGACGCGAUGUGUAUUCAGCGCGGCGUUUUUUGGGGCUCUUGGCUCCUCCUUCCUGUAUGGUUACAACCUGUCGGUGGUCAACGCCCCGGCCAAAGAUAUAAAGGCGUUCUAUAACCUGACAUGGAUGACGCGUUAUGGUAAACCAGCAUCGGUGGACACGCUCACUUUGCUCUGGUCCAUCACUGUGUCUAUAUUUGCUAUUGGAGGUCUGAUGGGGGCACUUACUGUCCCCUUCCUUAUUAAAGUACUGGGCAGGAAAGGCACUCUACUGGCCAAUAACGUGUUGGCCGUUAUCUCGGCGCUAUUAAUGUCAUUGGGCGAGACAGCAGGCUCCUUCGAGAUGCUCAUCAUUGGUCGCUUUAUUGUUGGCAUGGAUUCAGGAGUGUCUCUCAGUGCAUUGCCGAUGUAUCUGGGCGAGAUUUCUCCGCGACAGUACCGUGGCUCCAUCGGCCAGUUUAACGCCGUCUUCAUCUGUCUCGGAGUUUUCACCGGACAGCUGUUCGGCCUUCCUGAGAUUUUCGGCCAGAAGGACAGAUGGAACUUCCUGUUUGCCUUUAUCGCAGUUCCUGCCGUUCUGCAGUUGUGCGUUUUGCCAUUUUUGCCAGAGAGUCCACGCUUCCUGCUGAUGGAGCGCAGAGAUGAAGCGCGAGCUGAAAAGGCAUUCCAGGCAUUUUUGGGAAAGAAGGAUGUGAGUGCUGAAUUGGAGGAGGUGUAUGGGGAGAUUAGAGUGCAGAACACUCAGCAGUCCGUGUCUUUCUUCCGUUUGUUCCGUAAUCCUUCCAUCCGCUGGCAGCUCAUCACUGUCAUCACCAUCAUGAGCAGCUACCAGCUGUGUGGGCUCAAUGUCAUCUGGUAUUACACGAAUGGGAUAUUCAAAGGUGCAGGAUUUGACAAGAGCACAAUCCCGUACAUCACGCUCAGCACGGGAUUCAUCGAGACGCUGGCAGCCGUCAUAUCGGGUUUGGUGAUUGAGCGUGUUGGACGCAAACUGCUCCUGAUCUUUGGCUUUGCAGCGAUGGCCGUGUGUUACAGCCUCCUCACAGUCUUCUUGCACUUCCAGGACAGUUAUUCAUGGAUGCCAUAUAUGAGUUUCAUCUCCAUACUGGCCCUGAUUGCGUCUUUCUGCUCUGGCCCAGGUGGUAUUCCCUUUGUCCUGACCGGUGAGUUGUUUGAGCAGGCGUAUCGUCCUGCUGCAUUUCUGGUGGCUGGAAUUGUUAACUGGCUGGCCAAUUUUAUCGUGGGCCUCAUCUUCCCUUUCAUACAGGAGUCGCUCAAGAACUUUGCCUUCUUGGUGUUUGUCUUCGUGUGCGUUCUCGCCGCCAUCUACAUCAUCGUUGUCCUCCCCGAGACAAAGAACAAAACCUUCGUGGAGAUCAGCCAGAGUUUUGCCAAGAUCAACAAUAUCCACCAGAGCAUGGCGGUGGAGAUGGAGGACGUCCUGGACGUCCAACAAGAAAAGAUCAAAGCACUGGUCCUAAACAUUGAAAACGUUAAUGCUAAAUAUCCAGGCAGAAAUCAUGAAAACAACGGUGUGGUGAGAGAGAGCUGUUUUUAGCCCUGCACAAUCAUUCUAGGAGUAUACGUGUUCAGCAAUACAUAAUAUUAUGUUCUACAAAGGUGCAGAAUUAAAUUCUAAAGGUAUGCUACUGUUAAUUUGAUGCAAAAUCAUGCUAACAUUGGUGCUAAGUAAAUAUUUUUUUACGGGUGCAUACUAUAUUUCAAUUCAAACUAAUGUUCCUCACUUCUCUUUCCAUUAGACAUGGGUCAUGCUGUAGUUCUAGCUGUAAAGCCUUGAAGGCAGCUAUUUUGACACCAAAAUAUAAUCGUAAAAUUGCUACAUCUUUUAAAUGUUUACACUAAUUGCUGCUAUGACGUGCUAUAAUAAAAUACAGUCAUAUUUUUCAUAUUUAAA